GAGCUCUGUCGCCCUGGCCAGCCGCCCUCCUUUCCCACGCGGCGGGGGUGCGACGGCCUCAACCCAGGAGAGCGUCCGGGGACCGACCGGUCCCGGCGGCGGCGCCUCAGCCCACGCCCGGGGCCGCGAGCGCGGGGUGUGGGCCGGGGGCGCCAGGGAAGGCGGAGGCAGCCCGCGACCUGAGGGCGGAGCGCAGCGGCCAGCUGGGUCGCGUGGCGCGGCUCCUUGGGGGCCCCCGGGUGCGGCUUUCGGGAACGGGGCGCCGCGAGGGCGCGUCCGGGGCCGGGGGGCUGCGGUGUCCGUCCCGGGCUCGGGCCGCGGCUGAGUUUGGGGGAGAGCGAGCCUGCGCCCCGGGGAUCAGCAGACAGGACGGACGAGGCACUGACGGACCGCGGCCACGUAGGUCCAUGUUGCAAAGACGCGGCAGUAGCACAGAAACGGCGGUGGAGGUGGUGUGGCCGCGAGCGACGGCGAGGGACCUGGAAGCCAUACCAGAUGACCCGGAAGCCAUUCCAGGUGACACGGAAGCGAGAAUGCGAGUACUUCCGGGUCACCCCCAGGGGAUCUCACCAACGGACGUCUCCAGCGUAGGAGUGCUCCUCUGCCCCCCAGGACGGAUACUGCCCUUCCUGAGCCCAUGGGUCCCCGAUGUCAGGGCUUGCACCCACCACCGCCAACACCCAGUGCCCCAACAACUGGUCAGGGAGAAUGCUCUCCUGCCAUAUACCGGCACCUCCACGGCCCUCACGUGCAACCUGCUGUGCCCAGCUUCACCCCUUGGGGACUGA